AAAACUGUCACCGCACAUGCGCAGAGAGACUGGAGGUGGGGGAGGCAACGGCGACUGACAAAAACAACAAGAAGAACCGUUGGAACCAAGAGGAAGAGCGAGAUGUCUCCAUGAAUACAGGCUAACUUUAUUCUUACCCAGUUAUUAUUAUUAUUAUUAUUAUUAUCAUCCACAACCUACCCGACUGCUGCUUUCUCACAAGGCUUGAUUAGAUGGUGCCGGGCCCAUGAACUUGGCUAGUCAGAGCGGGGAGACCGGCUGUAGCCAGCUCCUCUUCGCCAAUUUUAACCAGGACAACACGUCUUUAGCUGUUGGAACCAAAUCAGGCUAUAAGUUCUUCUCCCUGUCGUCUGUGGACAAAUUGGAGCAGAUUUAUGAAUGUACGGACACAGAGGAUGUGUGUAUCGUAGAGCGUCUGUUCAGCAGCAGUCUGGUGGCGAUCGUCAGUCUGAAGGCUCCUCGGAAGCUGAAGGUCUGUCACUUCAAGAAGGGGACGGAGAUCUGCAACUACAGUUACAGCAACACUAUCCCGGCUGUGAAGCUCAACAGACAGAGGCUGAUAGUAUGUCUGGAAGAGUCUCUGUACGUCCACAACAUCAGAGACAUGAAGGUCCUACACACCAUCAGAGAGACUCCACCCAACCCCUCAGGGCUGUGCGCUCUGUCCAUCAGUAGCGAUAACUGCUACUUGGCUUAUCCCGGCAGCGCUACGAUCGGAGAGGUCCAGGUGUUCGACACGGUCAAUCUGAGAGCAGCCAACAUGAUCCCAGCCCAUGACAGCCCAUUAGCAGCCGUUGUGUUCGACGCCAGCGGAUCCAAACUGGCCACAGCCUCGGGAGAGGGGACGGUAAUCCGUGUUUUCUCCAUCCCUGAGGGACAGAAACUGUUUGAGUUCCGUCGAGGAGUCAAAAGGUGUGUGUCUAUCUGUUCCCUGGCCUUCAGCAUGGAGGGCCUCCACCUAUCAGCUUCCAGUAACACGGAGACGGUCCACAUCUUCAAACUGGAGACUCAGAAAGAGAAGCCGGCGGAGGAACCUACUACAUGGGGGGGAUACUUUGGUAAGGUCCUGUUGGCUUCCACCACCUACCUGCCUUCUCAGGUAACAGAGAUGUUCACCCAGGGACGAGCCUUCGCCACCGUCCGACUGCCCUUCUCUGGACACAAGAACAUCUGCGCCUUGGCCAUGAUCCAGAAGAUUCCUCGCCUCCUGGUAGCAGCAGCUGAUGGAUAUCUGUACCUCUAUAACCUGGACCCCCACGAGGGAGGAGAGUGUUCACUGAUGAAGCAACACAGGUUGGACGGCAGUGCUGAGCCGCCCAAUGAGAUCCUGGAACAGGGGUCACAUGACCGACCCCUUACUGCACAGGCCUACAACACUGCUGGGAUGAAAGGUUACUGUGAGGAGGCGGGUGCAGUGGGAGGGGCGGGACUAGAGGAUGACCUCAGCGAUCUGCGAUUGGACGAUGAGAAUGAGGAGCAGCCGCCACUCAUCCUGGAGACGGACUGACUGACGGCCACAGAAACCAAU